ACAGUCUCUUUUCUUUACAAGAUGCCCUCUGAAAUCCAGGAAUUCUUUAAAAAGAAAACAAUUUUCCUAACAGGAGGCACAGGUUUUUUGGGAAGAGUUAUUAUUGAAAAACUCCUGCGAACAACGGAGCUUGAGAGGAUCUACGCACUGUUCAGAGCCAAGCGGGGUCUCUCCAUAACAGAACGCCUUUUAAGCUGGCGGAAGGAUCCUGUUUUCGCGGAGCUGCUGAGAAUGAAACCAGAGGCUCUGGAAAAAGUUACUCCCAUCGCUGGGGAUUGCUUACAGCAGGAUCUGGUCAUCAGUAAAUCAGACCAAAGGCUUCUGAUCUCCCAAGUGCAGGUGGUUAUCCAUAGUGCUGCUGUUAUUCGACCCGAUGAAGCCCUUCACAUGGCUCUAGCCACCAAUGUGCGUGCCACCCGGAGGAUGCUAGAGUUGGCCAAGCAAAUGAUCCAUCUCGUGUCCUUUGUCCACGUGUCCAGUGCCUACUCCCAGUUACUAAAGUGUCCUGUCGAGGAGAGGUUUUAUCCCGAACACUUGAGCUGCAGUUCGGACCGGAUUCUGGCUGUGGCUGACCUGCUUGGCGAUGAGCUGCUGGACAAGCUAACCACAGUCCUGGUGGGAUCCUUUUCCAACACCUGCCUCUACACAAAGGCUUUGGCAGAGGAUGUGAUCCAGAGAGAGGCAGAUGGCUUGCCGUUGUGUGUCCUUCGAUCAGGGUUUAUAAUGUCCACCUACAAAGAGCCUUUGAUAGGCUGGACAGGCCAUGUCUCCGGGCUCUUGGGCCUCCUGGUGCCCAUUCUGGGAGGAGUGAUGCGCGUAACGCAGGCGGAUCGCCGUGCCCACUUUGCUGCAGUGCCAGCGGAUUUCAGCGCCAGCAUGGUCCUGGGUUGUGCCUGGAAAACUGCUAAAAACCUACGAGAACAAGGAAAAUCCCCUACCAUUUACACCCUGGCUCCCAGCCAGGAAAACCCUUUGAGUUUUGGGACCUUGAUGGAUUGCUCUCUUUCCCAACGCGAUCGUAUUCCCCCCACAAAAAUGAUGUGGUAUCCCUUCCUUCUGUGCUUCUCUUCUGGAUUUUUCUACCAACUGGCCACCUUUUUCCUACACAUUCUGCCGGGCUACUGCCUGGAUACCUUGCUGCGCCUGCAGUGGCGUGAGUCUGUCCUGCUGAAUCUAUACGAAAGGAUCCAUAAGAACAUUUCCGAACUGGCUCCAUUUUGUAAUUAUUCCUGGAACUUUCGCAUGGACAACACUCGGGAUUUAAUUGAUGCCAUGUGUGAGCAGGAUCGCCAACUGUACGAUUUUGACAUGGGUGAGCUAGACUGGCAGGACUACUUCCGGUGCGUCAUAGAAGGAAUGCGUCUAUACGUAGCCAAGGAUCUGCCUACAGCUGAGUCUUAUGGCAAGGGUUUAAGGCUCAAAAAGCGGCUGAAGAUUCAACACUAUGUUUGCUGUGCCUUGCUGGUCUCAGCAAUAGGCUAUGUCCUGUGGCAGCUGGCAGAAAUGGUUAUUGAAAGCUACUUUUAG